UAGCCAAUGAAGUCCGGUGAGCGAUAGCUGUGGUUCCGCUUCCACCGGGGCGAGGCGGUUAUGGCCGUACGGCCAGGCCGAGAGGGCGGAGAGAGCCCGGCCGCCCUGGCGAUGGCACAGGCUCGCUUCGCUAGGGGCGAGUUUGCCGAGGCCCAGGAGCUAUACUCCGCGUUCAUUGGCCAGUGCGCGAGUCACGGGAGCAAAUGUAGCCCUGAGGAUUUGGCCACCGCAUAUAACAACAGGGGGCAAACCAAGUACUUCAGCGUUGAUUUUUAUGAAGCCAUGGACGACUACACAUCUGCCAUAGAAAUCCUGCCCAACUUUGAAGUUCCCUAUUAUAACAGAGGCUUGAUUCGCUACAGGCUGGGAUAUUUUGAUGAAGCUUUGGAAGAUUUCAAGAAGGCAUUAGACCUAAAUCCUGGAUUUCAAGAUGCUGUUUUGAGCUUAAAACAGACCAUUUUAGACAGAGAAGAAAAGCAAAGACGAAAUGCUGAGAAAAGUUACUGAAACCUUCAGCUUGUUGAGAUUUUAACUUGAGGUCCUUAAAUCUGCAUCUGAUUGACUCUAAGAUAGGCAUAGAACUUUUGAUUAUAUGUAAGAGAUUGAAUUUUAGAAGUGAAAGUAAAAUAAUGUGCUUAUUAAUUUCAAGAAAGAUAAUGUUUGCUAGAUCUCUUAAUAGAGUAAAUGAAUAAUACAAUGUGUAAAUGUAGGAAAAAUAUUUAAAUCAUUAUGUAUCAUUUUUAGUAAAGGCUUUAUUUUUACCAUA